AUUUUAAACUAACGUAUUUUUGGAAUCGGCUGUCGGUGAAUUUAGAUUUUAUUCUUUUGAUGAGUAAAUAGAUUUAUCUCUAUUGAGUGUUUCUCGUGUUUUUAUUAAUGAGAAAACUUAUGUUUUUACUGAUAGCCUUUGAUUUCUAAGAAUUGCGUAGCUAGUCGGUAGUGAUUUAGUGAAAGUAUGGCCCAGUUCAACUAUUUGAAUGAAAUAAAUAGUUUGGCGACAAUGGAUGGGCCGAUUACUAGAGGCCCUCUUCAGCGUUGGGCAAAGAAGUCCAAUAGUGAGAACAUAAAUCCAUUGAGUACUUCUUUCAAGAACCAUUCGAACGUGAACUUGAGUACUUGCAACCAGUCGAUGCAAAAGUUGUCUCUAUCUGCGAAUCAAAGUUGCAACAACAGCGUGCUCUCUAGUAACAAAACUCCAACGCGAAAUGACAACAAGAAGGGCAAGAAAACACCAUCCAAGAACAAAUCUCCAGGUCGUUCUACCACACCGACUCCAAACAAAGCAUCUAAGACUCCGAACAAAGCUGACAGAUUUAUCCCAUCAAGGAGUAAUUCUAACUAUGACUUGUGUCAUUAUAUGUUGAGCCGUGAUGAAGACAAAAAUGAGGAAGUGGUGCCCCAAACUGCAACGGGAGAGGCCAUCGGUCGAGCUCUCACCGACACGGAGCCUGGUAGGCUGCUCCAGUACACCUGCAAAGCCCCAGCAGCUCCCGAGGGCUACCAGAACAGACUUAGAGUUGUGUAUUCCCAGGCCAAAGUUCCAUCAUCAGUAAAGAAUACAACAAGAUACAUUCCUCAAGCUCCUGACAGGAUCUUGGAUGCACCUGAUAUUUUGGAUGAUUACUACCUCAACCUCGUUGACUGGAGCUUAUCAAACAUUCUGGCAGUGGCACUAGGAAACUCAGUUUACUUAUGGAAUGCAGCUACCGGCCAAAUAGAGCAGCUACUGACUCUAGAAGGUUCCGAGACUGUUUGCUCCGUACAAUGGGUGCAGGGCGGUGGUUCCCAUCUGGCUGUGGGAACUUCUGCAGCCACUGUGGAACUGUGGGAUUGUGAGAAGAUUAAGAGGUUGAGGGUAAUGGACGGUCACACUGGGCGAGUGGGUUCCCUGGCGUGGAACAUGUACAUCGUGAGCAGCGGCGCCCGCGACGGCAACAUCGUGCACCACGACGUGCGGCAGCGGGACCACGCUGUCGCCACCAUACAUGCGCAUACACAGGAGAUUUGCGGGUUGAAAUGGUCCCCUGACGGUAAAUGUCUUGCUUCGGGCGGCAACGACAAUUUACUCAAUAUCUGGCCAAUUGCACAAGGACAGCACUACUCGCAAACUCAGCACCUGUAUUCAUUCAAUCAGCAUUUGGCAGCAGUGAAAGGUCUCGCGUGGUGUCCGUGGAGCGCGGGUAUCCUGGCCAGCGGCGGCGGCACGGCCGACAGAACUAUACGCAUCUGGAACAUUAAGACUGGGGCCAAUCUUAACACUGUCGAUACUAAGUCACAGGUAUGCUCAAUAGUAUGGAGCACGCACUACAAGGAGCUGAUCUCCGGCCACGGCUACGCGAACAACCAGCUGGUGAUCUGGAAGUACCCCGUGAUGUCUCGCGUGGCGGAGCUGAGCGGGCACAUGGCGCGCGUGCUGCAUCUCGCGCUGUCGCCCGACGGCACCACCGUGCUGUCCGCCGGCGCUGAUGAGACGCUAAGACUGUGGAAAUGUUUCAUGCAAGACCCAUCGAAGAAGAAAGAACCAACUGAUUCGAAAGCAGCUAAAUCACUACUCAAUCUUAACUCUUUAAUUAGGUAACUCGUUACGAGUACACUCUAAUUAAAUUGACUGACAUUGUGAUCUUACAAUUAGUUUAAUUACAACUGUGUUGUACCGCAAGUAUUUAUGUUGACAAUGUUAUUAUAUGAAAAUUUCGUAUCUUUGUGAUUUUUUGACUUACACUUGCAUUAUAUUACAAUGCAUUGCAUGCUUAUUAACUAAAAAUAUUGAAUUGUAUUUUAUAAUGAACUUAUUCUCGAACGAAUAACACUUUUGAUGUUGUUGGAAAACGUACUUUGUUACUCGUUUUUGGUUUUUGACAAAUCAAGUGAAGUUGAGGUCGUAAAAUGUGAUUGCGACUAUCAAAUUUUAAAUUCCAUUUAAUUUUUCUUACCCUACUCUAAUUUCUUUUAUUCUUGCCUAAUCUUUAAUUCUAAUUUACCAUUUCAUUACCUCGGCUUCCUUGUUUUAAGGACUGUACAACUAACUUGUUUAGCUAUCUGUACCAUUUGUAAGACUUUAAAGUAUGUGUUAAGAUGUUUUUAAAUAUGUAAUUUUUACAAUAAGAUAAUAAAGAUUUACAUUCCCA